GAGAAUGCGACCCGGAGCUCUGUCUGAGGUGUGAUGCACGAGGUGCCGAACAUCAAAACAAGUGCGAGAACAUGGCUCUUCAGAGACAGCGAUAUUCUGCUCUCGAAAUCAAGCGAGGUGCAUACGGCCUAGGCGCCUUUGCAAAAAAAGAGAUUAAGCGCGGGACAAACAUCGGCGAGUAUGUUGGAGAUAUUCUCUAUCUUGGUUUCGACGGCGCUCAAGAUUUGAAUGGGCUAAUCCAUGAUUAUACGGGUCUCAACUAUGCAUUUGAUGCGAAUACAAGCGACAAUGUCCGUACCAUUGAUGCAGGUCGAAUCGGAAACGAAACUCGAUACCUCAAUCAUUCGAAGAAGCCAAACUGUUCUACUCGUCUUGCAUUGGUUCAUGGAGAGUAUCGGCUUUUGCUCUUUACUCUGAAGAAAGUGAACAGAGACCAGGAACUUUUCUUAGACUACGGGAAAGCCUAUUGGAAAAGAAAAGAACCUGGCACAGAAGGAAGUGGGGAUGAAAUUGAAGAUUGAUGCACCGCAAGUUGUGAAUAGCUAAGAUAUUCGGGGUUCGUGUCAGGUCCUAUUGUAAGAGCUGUCAAU